GCAGCGUGUGCUCAGUGGAUGCUGCUAUGGUGUGUACACCAUCGGCACCUUAGUGGUUUUAUCGAAGAAGAGAAAGAAACAAAGGGGGAGUUUACGCAUUGGAGAAUAUGAGUAAAGUGGACGCAACAUGUCGUCCCAGCGCCUCUCUCAAAUUCACCAUUGAUAACAUCCUAAAUCUGAAAACAAGCGGGCGCGCCAGCGACAGCUGUCAUCCCCACGGAGAGCACGAUGUCUCGACCACGGCGAAGUGUAAAGGCCGCAACCUGCAGAGCAACCUGGAGGGACCCGGAACCCAGCACAGGCAAGAAUCGGACAAAAGUGACUUUUCCCACGAGAAUAACCGGGCCAGCGACUCGGCCAUCGACAACGGUCGGGCUGCGGAGGCGCGCUUCGAGAGCGGAGACAGCAGCUGCGAUGACUGUAGCUCCACCACCACGACCACGGAACCUCUUAAAGCGGACAGUCCCACGAAGAAGAGUAAAAUGAUCACGAAAAAGAAAACGCGCACCAUUUUUUCCAAGAGACAGAUCUUCCAGUUGGAGUCUACGUUCGACAUGAAGCGCUACUUGAGCAGCGCGGAGCGCGCCUGUCUCGCCAGCUCUCUGCAGCUCACCGAAACGCAGGUGAAAAUAUGGUUCCAGAACCGUAGGAAUAAAUUGAAACGGCAAAUCUCGAGUGAAAUCGACGGACCAGUGAGCGACUUCCCGGAGACGGUGAAGCCCGUGGUGGUGGGUCAGCUCCCCGCCUUGUACAAGGAGAGCAGCCUGCUGGGGAGGUGCCUGAUGCCCAUGCCAUUGCCCGUCGUGUACCCGGGUUCAAACACGCCUUACCUCUGUUUCUCCAACACCAGCAAGUACUUCAGCCUCUAUGAUGGGGACGUAUGACGCUGUCAUCAAGCCUGCAUGCGUAAACAGACACUUUUGUUGGUGCCAAUUUAAGCAUUUAUGGCGUUAAGCCUACAGUAUACAGUUCAAAGGGUCGGACACUGGCCCUUAAGUGUUUAAAAGAAGGCUGUAAGUAGUAGGAACAUAUCACUUUCAAAUGAGGUUUUUCCUUUUUUUUUUUUUUUUUUUUUUUUUGUAUUAUUUAUUUAUUAGCCUGGCUUUGGUGUAGGCCUAACACUUAACACCCGAAAAGAGAACAUAGCAGGCCUAGCAAAUGGUAGCCUGGCCGUGCAUGGCCGAUACAUCUUCUUGUUUACAUGAUAGUCCACUAUCAUUGUUAUUAUCAUUAUUAAUAUUAUUGUUAUCUUUAUUAUUCUCAACAACAGCCUAUGCCACCAAAGAAAUUAAUAUACCUUGCAUGCAUUUAUAAUAUCAUAACGACUUUUGGAUUACAGAAAUUAUAUGUAUUUAAAUGAAUGUCAUUAACAUUUUAUUCACGCAUGUCCAUUUUUUUGUCCUUAAGUAUCUUACACUUACGUUAUUUUUACAUUCGCCUUUAGGCUCAUUACAGCAUUUACUACAACUGUAAUUAAAAAACUCUUUAUUCCCCCAAAA